GUAACGUUGCCUUCUCCACUUCAGGCGUUGGCCAAGGCUAUUGACCCACUAGUCGCCCCGCAGACACAUAUAGACCAACCGAUGCUCUGUUCGAGGGAUGUGUCCGAGUCCUUAGAAGAGUUAGAAGCUGAGUGGUCACGUAAGGACCCCAGAGACUCUUGGGUGAUGAUCAGUAGAGGUCCGAAGGGUGAACACUUCAUGGUGGAGGUAGAUGCAGGUGGCCGCAAAGUUGGCACCUUCACACACACAAGCUCUACACGGAACUUCAUCAGUCGGUUUUGUGUGGGUAGGCUGCGCUUAAGGGACCAAGUUCAGCGGCUUCAUAGAUCUGUAGCAUCCACUUCAGCCAACAAGCAUAAUAUGGUAGUCCAAGACUACGUCAAGGACGUAGUGUGCACCUUCUCCUAUGGAGGAGGGGAACUGAGACACAAAAUCUCGUUCCUUGUGAGCGACGAGCUGCCAUUCGACAUGUUGCUAGACGGCUUGAGGCCAGAUGAUGCCAAAGUGCCCAACAUACGGGACUGGCCCAGACAUCAGACUGUAAUUCAGACCACCGUCUCCCCUCCUACCUCUUCGCGACUACCGACGCGUCGAGCCAUUCACUUAGCCCAUUGCAACGAGCAGCUUGCGACUCGCGAGGACGUUGUGUCCUCCCUUCUGGACUUGAGCAUGCUCCAGGCUCGUCAGGAGCGACUCACCCUCCAUGUCGCUGCACUGCGUCGCCUUCUCGCCAUCCUCUCUGACCCUGAUCGCACCCUCCUGAUCAUUCCAGUACGACUCGGGACCUCCACGAGGGUGUACUUAGUGUUGUGGGAUUCCGGUUCUCAGUGCGACUUCAUUCACCCACGGGUGGUGAAGGAAGCACGCUUACCCACGACAAGGUCUUCGACUCCCAUCUCCGUCACCCUAGGAGAUGACAAAACCCGGCGCUUCUUCGAUCAGACGGUCACCGACCUCCCUUUCUUCCUCACUCUGGAGCCGACUGAUCAUCCCCCGACGUCUCCUCGCCACCAGUCCUCUGCACAUUUCGAUGUGAUGGAGACGGGGUACGACUUCAUUCAAGGGACUCCGUGGUCUUGUAGGUUCCAAAGCACCGAGGCCGAUUGGGCGACCAACACUCUCGUUCUCAGAAUGAAGUGUGGACAGACGUAUCGCGUACCUUUCAUAGGUACCACGACGACACCAUGUCCCGAUCCUCCUCCGCCGAAGCCUUCCACGCCCACACCAUCUCCUACUAUCACUGUCACCUCACCUCGGCAGUUUGCCCACUUCAUCCGAGAAAACAACGUCACCUUCUUUACAGUGAACGUUACGGAUAUCUUGCAUUAUGAUCCACCCUAUCCAGACGUCGAGCUCAUCUCUCUGGAGCGAGAUCCUCCUUCUAUCUCCAUGGCUACCCAUCUCCGGCGCUUCUUCGAUCAGACGGUCACCGACCUCCCUUUCUUCCUCACUCUGGAGUUGACUGAUCGUCCCCCAACGUCUCCUCGCCACCAGUCCUCUGCACAUUUCGAUGUGAUGGAGACGAGGUACGACUUUAUUCAAGGGACUCCGUGGUCUCGUAGGUUCCAAAGCACCGAGGCCGAUUGGGCGACCAACACUCUCGUUCUCAGAACGAAGUGUGGACAGACGUAUCGCGUACCUUUCAUAGGUACCACGGCGACACCACGUCCCGAUCCUCCUCCGCCGGAGCCUUCCGCGCCCACACCAUCUCCUACUAUCACUGUCACCUCACCUCGGCAGUUUGCCCACUUCAUCCGAGAAAACAACGUCACCUUCUUUACGGUGAACGUUGCGGAUAUCUUGCACUAUGAUCCACCCUAUCCAGACGCCGAGCUCAUCUCUCUGGAGCGAGAUCCUCCUUCUAUCUCCAUGGCUACCCAUCUCUACUUCCCUCCCUCCGCCGUCCGUGAUUGUCCAAUAGCCUUCUACUCUCGUCAGCUCCUGCCUGUCGAGAUAAACUACACUGUUGAUGAACGCGAGGUUCUCACAGUAGUUCAUGCCACUCGGCACUGGCGUCACUACCUGCACGAGGCACCAUUCACGGUGCGCACAAACAACUCUGUUGUCCAGGCUUUUCUGACAAAGCCGAAGCUCACUCCUCGACAGGCUCACUGGUGGCGUGACCUAUCCGAGUUUAGUUUCACCAUUGAGCACAUCAAGGGUGAGACCAAUCGGGUCGCAGAUGCCUUAUCCCGACGCCCUGACCGUAAUCUGGAGCAGAUUCAGCUCGCUGCCAUCUCGGUCACCAUCGUCCACCACUCGGUGACCGACGAGUUUCGCACUCAGUACCGCUACUACCCCGACUAUUGCGACAUCCAUGCGACCCUUCGGAGUGGCAAGACCAUCCCGAACUACUCUCUCGGGGACAAUGGUAUUGUGUACUCGCACGGUUCACAGAGCACCAGAGAGCCCCGCAUUUGCGUUCCCUCCACUGGACAACUACGUGUCCAGGCAUUCGCAGAGUUCCAUGACGAGGCAGUCGCCGGUCAUUGGGGCUUCCACAAGACGUUGGCUCGUGUGAGCCGCCCGUACGUCUGGCCGAAGCGCAAGGACUUUGUGAAGGACUAUGUCGCAAAGUGUCCCACCUGCCAGGAGGCGAACAGUGUGAACCAUUUGCCUUAUGGUUUGCUCCAGCCUCUUCCUAUCCCUGAGGGUCGUUGGCAGUCCAUCUCGAUGGACUUUAUUGGUCCUCUUCGUCCUCCUACCCCCCUCGGUCAUGAUGCUAUCCUGGUCGUCGUUGACCUCUUCACGAAUCGUGCACGCUCUGUUCCAUGUCGCUAUGCCAUCCGUGCACUUGAGGUCGUCGACAUCGUGUUUGACCGAGUUGUGAGUGAUCACGGCUUACCCCUGAGCAUCAUAUCUCACCAUGACCCGCGCUUUACCAAUUGAUUCUGUGACGGUUCCACGAGGUAUACGGCACCAAGCU